AUGUUUUCGAUCAGGAAAAUUAAACAAAAACCAAUUCACAACAAUAUAAAUGGUAUUCCUUUAUCAACAACAAUAUUAAAUAAACAAGUACAUAAAGUGUGUUAUCAAAAAUACCAUCGUCAUUAUACAUAUGCGUCUCAAAACAAACAAUCAACAAAUGUAGUACCAAAUUCUUUGUCAACUCGUCGUUUACCACUUGUUGAUCGAACAAAUUAUCAAUGUCCAUCAUCGUUAGUACCAGUAGUACCAUCAGCAAAUGAAAAUUUUCAACAAAAUUUCCUGCUGUUACCAUCGUCAUUAUCAUCACAAGCAACAACAGAAAAUCCUGAUUCAACACCACACAAUGACAAUAUGUGUUUAGAAUUUUCAUAUAAUCAAGUAUCGUAUUAUUCUGGUGGUGUUACUGAUUUACAAGAAGAUUUUUCUAAUUCAUCUGAUUUUAAUGAUGCGAACUUUUCAACAUCAAUUGGAUCAUCAUCGGCUCAACAAAUUCAUCAAAAAGAGUCUUUCACAACCAAUAUUCAAUCAUUAACAGCAGGAAAAAAUAUUGACCUUCUUGACUUGAUCGAAAGUAUGAGUGUCGAUGGGUCUUCAUUAACCACUGUCGAAAAUCUUGAUUCAAUACCAUAUAAUAACAACAUGUAUUCAAAAGUUUGUCAUAAUGAAAAAUCAUAUAAUGCUGAUGAUUUUAUUGAUUCACAACAAAAUUUUCUUAAUUCAUCUGGUUUUAUUGAUGACAAAUAUUCAUCACUAGUUGAAUCAUCAUCAAUUAAACAAAUCUAUCAGAAAGACUGUUUCCAAAUCAACAAUAAAUCAUUAACAGCAAGAAAAAAAGUUGAUUUUGAUGAUUUAAUCGAAAUUAUUGAUACAGAUGGAUCAUCGCCAACAACUGCUGAAAAUCUUCAUUUAACAUCAGAUGAUAAUCAUAUGUAUUCAAAAAUUUGUCGUAGUGAAAAUUCAUAUAAUGCUGGUGAUGUUUGUGAUUCACAAAUAGAUCUGAUUGAUUCAUCAAGUCUUGGUGAUCCAGAGUUUCUAUCACCAAUUGAAUCAUCAUUUAUUUCACCAUCACCAAUGCAAUCAUCAUUUGUUCGAUCACCACAAAUUGAACCAUCGUUUAUUUCAUCAGUAUCAAUUCAAUCAUCAUCAGUGGAACAAAUUCACCCAGAAAAAUCGUCCAAAACCCAAAUUUCACGUCUUCGUUCUCGUUAUUCAACUAAAAUUCGACGACCAACUAAAAAUCAUAAUCAAUAUCCAAUCGAUGAUAAAAAGAAGUCAUUUCUGUAUGAUGAUAGUUUUAGUGAAUUAUGUGGCUGGUUAGAAAAUUUAUUACGUGGUGGUUUUUUAGUUUCAUUAGUAAUGGUUAAAGAAAAAUAUGAAGAAAUUUUACAAUUAAGAAAUGAAAUGAUAACAGAGGGAAUGAUACGUACAACAUCUAUUCGUGAUCGUCUUCAUACAAAAUUUAAAAAUCGUAUAUUAUUUACAAAAGUGAGCAAUCGUCAAGGUUUAUUUAUUUCUUGGAAUGAUUUAUCAACAAUAACACAAUCAACAUUAACUAAUUCAUCAACAUUAGAUUAUAAUUCUGGUUUUCAAUCAAAUAACAUUUACAAAGAUCAAGAAAACGUGGUAGAUAAAGAAGCACAAUCGACAAUAUUAUUUGAAGCAAUUGAACUAUUACGAGAAUCAAUACAUGAAAAUAUGCAUUAUCUAAAACAAGUUCAAGACAAUAAUAAAUCACUUACUGAGUUUACAACAGGCUUAUUUUGGGAUUGUGUUCCUACAUUAAUAAAAAACGUUAUUGGAUUAUUAACUACGAAUGAUGAUUAUUUUCAACGUUUUAAAAAUAAUUAUGAAUAUUAUAAUAUAUUUGAUCAAGAUAUGUACAAAUCAAGUGAAAAAGCUUUAAAAAUUUCAUCAAUAGCUUAUGACAUUAUCAAUACAAGAUAUAAUUCUUAUUCAACACCGAAACAUUUAUUGCUUGGUAAUGAAUUAUAUCAUCACAUUCGUUUACAAAACAAAGUGGCUGCUGAAGUUUCAAAAUUAUCAUCAACAGAUCUACCA